UGCGGAGUGACUUCUUGGUUACUGAAAGCAAAGCUCUACGCAUGAUUCUGCCUUCCCAGGAACUGUAUAACUCAGGACUCUGCAAAUUCCCCAAAGUAGGAGGAAAAAUGUCCACAUUCAAGGAGGCAGUGACAUUUGAGGACGUGGCUGUGGUCUUCACCCAGGAGGAGCUGAGUCUCCUGGAACCUGGCCAGAGGAAGUUGUACCGAGAUGUGAUGCUGGAGAACUUCAGGAACCUGCUGUCAGUGGAGCAUCAGCCAUUCCUACAAGAUACAUUCCACGUCCUAAGGGAAGAAAAGUUUUGGAUGAUGAAGACAGCAACCCAUAGAGAAGGGAAUUCAGUAGGCAAGGUCCAAACUGAGAUGGAGACUGUUCCAGAAACAGGACCACAUGAAGAGUUGUCCUGCCAGCAGAUCUGGGAACAAAUUGCAACUGACUUAACCAGGUCUCAAGACUCCAUGAUAAAUAGCUGUCAGUUCUCCAAACAAGGUGAUAUGGCCUGCCAAGUUGAGACAGGACUGUCUAUUAUUCACAUAGGAGAGAAACCUUACCUGGGUCAUGAGAGUGAACAGUCCUUCAGUGAUAUCUCAAUCUUUGACCUUUAUCAACAAUUACACUCAAGAAAGAAGUCUUAUACAUGUAAUGAGUGUGGAAAAAGCUUCUGUUAUAACUCAGCUCUUUGUAUUCAUCAGAGAAUCCACAUGGGAGACAAACUCUAUAAUUGUGAUGUGUGUGGUAAAGAAUUCAGUCAAAGCUCAUAUCUGCAAAUUCAUCAGAGAGUCCACACUGGAGAGAAACCAUUCAAAUGUGAGCAGUGUGGGAAAGGCUUCAGUCGUAGAUCAGGACUUUAUGUUCAUCGCAAAUUACACACAGGAGAGAAACCUUAUAAUUGUGAGCAAUGUGGUAGGGCCUUCAUUCAUGAUUUCCAGCUUCAGGAACAUCAGAGAAUCCAUACUGGGGAGAAACCAUUCAAAUGUGAUAUAUGUUAUAAAAAUUUUCGUAGUAGAUCAAAUCUUAACAGGCAUUCCAUGGUUCACAUGCAGGAGAAACCAUUCAGAUGUGAUACAUGUGGUAAGAGCUUUGGUCAGAGAUCAGCUCUUAAUAAUCAUUACAUAGUCCACACUGGAGAGAAACUAUACAGAUGUGAAGAGUGUGGAAAAGGUUUCAUUCGUAGGCGAGAUCUUUAUAGACAUCAGAUGGACCACACAGGGGACAAACCAUAUAAUUGCAAAGAAUGUGGGAAGAGUUUCAGAUGGCCCUCAGGUCUUUCAAGACAUCAGCAUGUGCACAGUGGAGAAACACCUUUCAAAUGUGAAGAGUGUGGGAAGGGAUUUCAUACGAAUUCACAACGCUAUUCCCAUCAGAGAGCCCACAGUGGAGAAAAGCCAUACAAAUGUGAGGAAUGUGGAAAGAGUUACAAAAGGAGGUUGGAUCUUGACUUUCAUCAGAGGGUCCACAGAGGAGAGAAACUCUAUAAAUGUAAGGAAUGUGGGAAGAGCUUUGGCUGGGCCUCCUGUCUUUUGAAUCAUCAGAGAAUCCACAGUGGAGAAAAACCAUUCAAAUGUGAAGAAUGUGGGAAAAGGUUUACUCAGAAUUCACAACUUUAUACUCAUCGUAGAGUCCAUAGUGGAGAAAAACCAUUCCAAUGUGAAGAGUGUGGAAAAAGAUUUACUCAGAAUUCACAACUUUAUUCCCAUCGCAGAGUUCACAGUGGAGUAAAGCCGUACAAAUGUGAGGAGUGUGGGAAGGGUUACAACAGUAAAUUUAAUCUCGACAUGCACCAGAGGGUCCACACGGGAGAAAGACCUUAUAAUUGUAAAGAAUGUGGGAAGAGCUUUAGCCGGGCCUCAAGUAUUUUGAAUCAUAAGAGACUCCAUAGUGGAGAAAAACCAUUCAAAUGUGAAGAGUGUGGGAAGAGAUUUGCUGAGAGUUCAAAACUUCAUUCUCAUCAGAGAAUUCACACUGGGGAAAAGCCAUACAAAUGUGAGGAGUGUGGGAAGGGCUUUAGAUGGGCCUCAGCUCAUCUAACCCAUCAGAGACUCCACAGCAGAGAAAAACCAUUCAAAUGUGAGGACUGUGGAAAGAGCAUUGUACACAAUUCAUACCUUAAGGACCAGCAAGGAGAUUAUCAUGGAGAAAAACCAUACAAAUGUGAGGAGUGUGGGAACAGCUACAAGAGGCGCUUGAAUCUUGAUAUGCUUUUAUCCUUAUUUUUAAAUGAUACAUAAUUAUUACACAUAUCUAUGGGACACAUUGUAAUAUUUUGAUAUAUUUAUACAAUGUAGCGAUCAAAACAGUGGAAUUAACAUAUUUUUUAUCACUUGAAACAUUUAUUAUUCCUUUGUAUUGGAAACCUUCAAAAUCUGCAGUUCUAGCUAUUUGAAAAUAAACACUAAAUUGUUGUUAAAUCACCUUGUAUUGCUGUAGAAUGUCAGAACUUAUUCCUCUAUCUAGCUAUACUUUUGUAUCUGUUAAUCAGUUUUGGCUGUUCCCCUAUUCUUCCCUACCUCUAGUAACCAUAAUUCUAUUUUCCACUUUUAUGAGGUCAACUUUUUGAGCUUCCAUAUAAGAGCAAGAACAUAUAUUUAUCUUUCUG